AUGGUAAAUUAUGCAAAGGAGCAUCCUUCUGUUGAAUUUUUAAUUCGACCGCGGUUCUCCAAAGUGCCACAGGCAAUUGCAACAUAUAGUAUUUCAAUAUCUUCUAAUCCCGUAGACACUGGUCGAGUGGAGGUAAUUUCUUUUAAAAAGAAAAACAUACACCAAAUUCAUGAGGCCCUAAUGGAUUUGAGAAAUGGAUCCGGACUGGAACCUAAAAAAUUCCACAUUGGAGUUAAUAGCCAUGCCCCGGCAAUUAGAAACUUAUGGGACCCAUGGCAUGGGGCAAAUUUGUGUCCAUUCAACGGAACUGAACAACAAUGGAGGCGGACUCUCAAGUUUUCUCGCGUGAAAUUGGCCCAGCAGAGAAAAUCAGAAAAGGCUGCCUUGUUGAAGAAUUUUUCGACUUUAUAUGACAAUUCAAAGCACCAACUAACUUCUAGACUCAAUCGCCUUGAAAAAUAA